AUGCCCGCUUCCUCCAGGACUCACAACGCUAGGCCAAGAGACAACAAUCAAUAUCCCAGUCGCCGCCGUCCCGCAAACAUCCACACAUCACAGCCUUCCGGCCAACCCCCAAAUCCCAUUAAACGCGCCAUCGUUCACCUCUGGAAACGCACUUCACGAGCAGCCCGCAGAGAACGGGAGAGUCGACUUCCACCGGGAUUCGAGCUUGUCGCUACACCUCCCCCGACCCCGCCCAGAGGCUCACGCGCUCGCAAAACCGGUAUCCGCUCAUCAUCAACACGCCUCAAGAAACGCCCUCAGCGUCAGCGAUCGGACUCCUGGGUGAUCGUAUGA